GUCUCCGCCGGGCGCUCGGGGGAUCAGCUGGCGGGCGGGCGGGCGCCGAACGCGGCCCGGCUCUCGCGGCCUCGCCGCCUCCUCUCCGCGACGCCUCCGCCUCCUCUCCUCUCCGCCCGGCGGCCGUGACAAUGUUGCGCGGCUGGUAGCUGGGCGCCGGCGGCCGAACCCUCUCAAGGCUAAACUUACACGAAUCGCUCUCGGGAGGAGGAGGAGCAGGAGGAGGAGGCGACCUGCGGCGCGACUGACACGCAUAUUCCGAUCGCAUCCUCCCUCGCCCCCGCCCCCACGGCCGGGCUCGGGUGGCUCCUCUGCGAGCUGAAAUCCGAGAAGAAAUCCUUGGAUCUGUUUUCUUGAAAAAAAAAAAAAAAUCCCGAAGCCGUCGGUCUUUUUGCUUUGCUGCUUCCUAUUUGCAAGAUGAAGAAGUUUUUCGACUCCCGGCGAGAGCAGGGCGGCUCUGGCCUGGGCUCGGGCUCCAGCGGAGGAGGGGGCAGCACUUCGGGCCUGGGCAGCGGCUACAUCGGAAGGGUCUUCGGCAUCGGGCGACAGCAGGUCACCGUGGACGAGGUGCUGGCGGAAGGUGGAUUUGCUAUUGUGUUCCUGGUGAGAACAAGCAAUGGGAUGAAGUGUGCCUUGAAACGCAUGUUUGUCAACAAUGAGCAUGACCUUCAGGUGUGCAAAAGAGAAAUCCAGAUAAUGAGGGACCUGUCAGGGCACAAGAACAUUGUGGGCUACAUUGAUUCUAGUAUCAACAAUGUGAGUAGCGGUGAUGUCUGGGAAGUUCUCAUUCUGAUGGACUUCUGUAGAGGAGGCCAGGUUGUGAACCUGAUGAACCAGCGUCUACAAACUGGUUUUACAGAGAAUGAAGUGCUCCAGAUAUUUUGUGAUACCUGUGAAGCUGUUGCCCGCCUGCAUCAAUGCAAAACUCCCAUCAUCCACCGCGACCUGAAGGUUGAAAAUAUCCUCUUGCAUGACCGAGGCCACUAUGUCCUGUGUGACUUUGGAAGCGCCACCAACAAAUUCCAGAAUCCACAAACUGAGGGAGUCAAUGCAGUAGAAGAUGAAAUUAAAAAAUACACAACACUGUCCUAUCGAGCACCAGAAAUGGUCAACCUGUACAGUGGCAAAAUCAUCACCACGAAGGCAGACAUUUGGGCUCUUGGAUGUUUGUUGUAUAAAUUAUGCUACUUCACUUUGCCAUUUGGGGAGAGUCAGGUGGCCAUUUGUGAUGGAAACUUCACAAUUCCUGAUAAUUCUCGAUAUUCUCAAGACAUGCACUGCCUAAUUAGGUAUAUGUUGGAGCCAGACCCUGACAAAAGGCCAGAUAUUUACCAGGUCUCCUACUUCUCUUUUAAGCUACUCAAGAAAGAAUGCCCAAUUCAAAAUGUGCAGAACUCUCCCAUUCCUGCAAAGCUUCCUGAACCAGUGAAAGCCAGUGAGGCAGCUGCAAAAAAGACCCAGCCAAAGGCCAGACUGACAGAUCCCAUUCCCACCACAGAGACUUCCAUUGCACCCCGCCAGAGGCCUAAAGCUGGGCAGACUCAGGCAAAUCCAGGAAUCCUUCCUAUCCAACCAGCGCUGACUCCUCGUAAGAGGGCCACAGUUCAACCCCCACCUCAGGUUGCAGGAUCCAGCAAUCAGCCGGGCCUCUUGGCCAGUGUUCCCCAACCAAAAGCCCAACCCCAACCCAGCCAGCCCCUGCCACACCCUCAGCCCAAACAGCCUCAGGCUCCGCCUGCCCCUCAACAGACACCUUCCACUCAGGCCCAAGCUACACCUCAGCACCAGCAGCAGCUCUUCCUCAAGCAGCAGCAGCAGCAGCCACCACCACAGGCGCAACAGCAGCCACCACAGCAGCCAGCGGGCACAUUUUACCAGCAGCAGCAGCAACAGCAACAGCAGCAGGCCCAGGCCCAGCAGUUCCAGACAGUCCAUCCAACAACCCAGCAACCAGCCAUUGCUCAGUUCCCGGUGGUAUCCCAAGGAGGCUCCCAACAGCAGCUCAUACAGAAUUUCUACCAGCAGCAGCAACAGCAGCAGCAGCAACAGCAGCUGGCCACAGCCCUGCAUCAACAACAGCUGAUGACUCAGCAGGCUGCCUUGCAGCAAAAGGCUGCUGUGACCACAGUACAGCAGCCUCAGGCACAGCCAACUGUGGCCACACAACCAUCUCCUGCCCAAGAGCCAACGAUUCAAGCCCCUGUAAGACAACAACCAAAAGUUCAGACAACCCCACCUCCUGCUAUCCAAGGGCAGAAACUUGGAUCUCUCACUCCUCCAUCAUCCCCGAAAACCCAGCGUGCUGGGCACAGGCGGAUUCUCAGUGAUGUAACCCACAGUGCGGUCUUUGGGGUCCCAGCCAGCAAAUCAACCCAGCUGCUCCAAGCAGCUGCAGCUGAGGCCAGUCUCAAUAAGUCCAAGUCUGCAACUACCACUCCAUCUGGCUCUCCUCGGACCUCCCAGCAAAAUGUUUAUAAUCCUGCAGAAGGCUCUACCUGGAAUCCCUUUGAUGACGACAAUUUUUCUAAACUCACAGCUGAAGAACUGCUAAACAAGGACUUUGCUAAGCUAGGGGAAGGCAAGCAUCCCGAGAAGCUUGGCGGCUCAGCUGAGAGUUUGCUCCCAGGCUUUCAGUCUGCCCAAGGUGAUGCUUUUGCUGCUGCACCGUUUUCUGCUGGAACCGCUGAGAAAAGGAAGGGUGGGCAGACUGUGGAUUCUGGCCUCCCACUUCUCAGUGUUUCUGAUCCUUUCAUUCCUCUUCAAGUACCUGAUGCACCAGAAAAACUAAUUGAGGGACUCAAAUCACCUGACACUUCUCUUCUGCUCCCUGACCUCUUGCCUAUGACAGAUCCUUUUGGUAGCGCUGCCGAGGCUGUGAUUGAAAAAGCUGAUGUUGCUGUUGAGAGUCUCAUACCAGGACUGGAGCCCCCAGCUCCCCAGCGCCUCCCAUCUCAGACGGAAUCGGUGACUUCCAACCGCACAGAUUCUCUCACCGGGGAAGAUUCCCUGCUUGAUUGCUCUCUGCUUCCUAACCCUUCUACUGACCUUCUGGACGAGUUUGCCCCCAUAGCGAUCUCUGCUCCGGCCCAUAAAGCUGCAGAAGAUAGUAAUCUCAUCUCAGGUUUUGAUGUCCCUGAGGGCUCGGACAAAGUCGCUGAAGAUGAGUUUGACCCAAUUCCUGUAUUGAUAACCAAAAACCCACAAGGUGGGCACUCUAGAAACAGCAGUGGGAGCUCUGAGUCCAGUCUUCCCAACCUAGCCAGGUCUUUACUGCUGGUGGAUCAGCUGAUAGACCUGUAGCCGUGACCCAGUAGCAGAUGCAGUUCUGUAACCUUCAUGCCGUAAUACACAUUUUCAUUACGGAGUUAUGAGAAAAUGAUUUUUUUAAUCUGCGAAUAAGGGGCCCUCUAGCCCUUUUCUCCCACCCCUUGCCUUCUCCUAUAGAAAUGUUAAGGAAAGAAAAAUCACUUUGGCCCUCCAGAUAGUCCUUGGCCAGUUUCUCCCUGUUAGGUUGCCAUGUUUUCUCAUUACCCUUAUUCAAUAGCAUUAUCUUAAGUCAAGCACUAGGUGCCAUGAGCUUCACCUCUGCUGGAAUUGAUUCCACCAAAAGCUUAACAGUAACUGAAAUGAAUGAAUACGACAACUAGGUUUCGUACUUAAUAAGAAUGGCCUCCCACGUCAGUGUCUCAUUUGGCCAGAUGCUAAUGAAUGGGUUUUCCUGUUUUUGCUUUUUAUUCUUAUGCAUUCUCAUGAAGACAUGGCUUCAUCAGUUGGUCUUAUCUCUAGGCAGAAACCUGGAGAGAUGGGUGUGUGGUUUAAGAAAGGCUGAAACUAACUAGCCGAGCUGGUAGUAUAUGUUUAAGAAUAGGUAUGAGCCCAGCUCUAGCCAACCAAUUUUGAUCUUGUUUGGGCAUAGACUUAGCCAAGGGAUUUUGCACCCCACACAACCUGCCCAGCGUUUGUCCAGCUUUCUGGCUUGCACUGAACCAUGAUUUACCAGAUCUGGAGACAUGACUACAAGUACUGAAACCCCUGGAUAAAGUGUGUAUGUUCUGUAAAUCCCAAUUAUUGCCAUCCUUAUCGUGUUAACUGUCCCAAGCUGGGACCAAAAUGGUAGACCAAAACAAGACAAUGGUGAUAAUGUGAUAACUUUUAUUAGAGGACUUUUCACUGGGGGGCAGAAAAGGGGCGGGGAAGGAAUUGUAGCAGAAACAGAUGUAUUUUUCUUGUGAUUUUUAUUUUGAAUCAAAUAUUGUAAAUUGUGUAUAAAUGAACGCGCUGACUAGUUCUGUUUCCACUUGGCGUUUCAAGUUCAAUAACAGGUAUCUGUACAGGGUUAUGAUCUUUCCCUUGUUUAACUAAACAGCGAAACCACAGUGUAACAUAUGGAAUCAUUCUGAGUAGACUUGUGUGUUGCUAUAAGCUUCCAGCAGGUCCUCUGUCUCUGUAGAAUAAGCAUGUUAUUUCUUUUCCAAUAAUCAGAAAUAAGUGUGCCAACAAGCUAGGCACAAGUAGACUGUGGCUACUUACCUUUCUUUCUCUCUGCUGUUUAAAUUGAAGGCUGCAGCCAAUGGAAUCUGUUCAGUUGGUUUUCCCUUGGCUUUCUAGAUUUAAAUUUUAAACAAAGCAUAGUUCUUCACUAACCUUAGACUAUUGUUCAUAAAAAUCAAUAAAGGCCCCUGCACUGACAUAACAACAUGCCUCGUGGUCACCCUUUGUACAUGUACUGAUUCAUUAAAAUGUAUUUUUCUUCUUACAUGGAAAGCACUUUUAUAAAAUCACCCUUUUGAGAAGAGGUGGGCACAGAGAACCCUGGUUCCUCUUCCUUGAGUGCCGUGGUCUGUGAUGAAAAGGGAAACUCUUAGUCGAUCAGAGUUAUGCCAAUAAAGUCCAAGUCCAUUUGCCAUUCCCCUAUCUAAUAUUUUUGUUUCUUCUUCCCACAUUUGCACUUUAAUGGGGGGGGGGUAGUAAGUUUCUCAGCAACAACAGCUUGCAGAACUGCACUGUAUAGGGCAAGCUUUGACCCCAGCUAUGGAAUACAGCUUUGAAAGGCAUCUGAGAAGUCUGAACCCUUCAGUCUUCCUGCUGAUUUCAAAUACAUCCUAUGCUGCUCAACACUAGAUGAGCUUAAUACAGGCAUCUGUUAGGUAACAGAUCAUUUCCCAAAUUGAGAGCGGUACAAGCUGCCUGCUAGAGAUAAAAAAAAAAAAAAAAGGGAUAUCCAUGAAGAGCUUCCUGUGAGUGGGAAGCAGUGAAAAUAGGACUUGGCUUACCCCUUUAUGGUCAAGAAAAUUGCUAUAGGUCCAAUUCUUAUCCUCUUUCCUGGCCAUAAAAAGAAUGUACGAACUAAUAAAAAUGUUUAUUUUUACAAAAAGAUAUUUUAGUUUUAUGUUAUCAUAUUUGAUUUUUCUCAUAUAUAACAUCUUAGAAAUAUAAUGAAAUACUAAUUAUUCAAUUGAAACUGUGAAGAGAACUAUUCGAGGUUAGGUGUCUCUACACUGCUUCUUUCAUGCAUUACCCCUAAUUACAUUGAGAUAUAUUAUCUAGUCUUUUGCUCAGUAACGUUUAAUGGAGAUGGUUAAGAGAAAUGAACAGACUAGAAGCCAGAGAUAAUGAUGAGACCCCGAGGGAGAUGGCAGGAAACUCCAUUUAGCCUGUUCUUUAGAAGCAGGGCCUGAAAAGGGGAAAACCAUUUUCCUAGUAAACAAUAUGUGUGAGUGAUUUGGUAAGCGGGGUCUUCUGUAUCAGCCCUGAGCUGGAAGAGCUUCAUUUGAGAUGUGUAUCGCAUGCUAGUAAUUGGUAGACUCAUGGAACCAUAGACUUGAGCUACAAGAGAUACUGUAGAAACAUUCGUUAGUCCGUCCAUUUCAUUUCACAGAAUGAGGCAGAGUGUUAGGAGAAGAGAUCUGAGCAGGGCAGGCCAGCCACGAUCUCCUUCUCACUCUUGCCAGUCAUUGGCCAAGUCUCCAUCAGCAAAAGCUUCACCUGUCAGACCCACUGGUGUUUGCACAACAGUGAGUUUAGACUAGAUGGCCUCUAAGAUUAUAGCAAUAUAAGGCCGUGAGAAUAUGCUGUGAAGUUGAGAAGGACUAUGAGGGAUUUUCACAUAAUGCUGAUGUUAAAGUGUCUUCAGCACUGCUGCCAUUACUGUAGCAGUGCAUUUUAGAGAACUAGAUUGGACAUUUGCUCACCUGGCUUGCCCAAAUCAUCAGAACUUUAGAUAUAUGGCAUUAUAAGUGUGUGUUUUUCAUUUGCUUCUAUUCUAGCUGUGUGAGAGCAAAAACUGUAUCAGGAAAUGUCACAGAUUGUUUUUCCCCUUAUUUAAAUAACAAAAUCACCUAAUUCAAGUCCCAGUGUUAUUAAAAUAUAGGUCUCUGAGGAGACUAGAUUUAAAUGGACAAUUCUAAAUACAUAUGAUUAAUAAUUGAUUUAGCAUCAUGUAGGAAUUUUAACAUCCAGUUAAGUAUUGCUGUCUUCAAACAUGUCUGGUUGGGGACAUAGCACUUGUCCUAAUGAUGUUGUUAUUGAAAUUAAGUUGCACUAUCUAACUAGUUCACCUCCAGCAUAUUCUCUUUCUUGAUCUAAAUUUUCACAAGUCUUGGUUUUGCACACCAAAAUCACCUCCCCAAGACAGAGAGAGGUUACUGUUGAAAAUAAUGAAAAGAAUAAUUCACAGAAAAUAGUCUAAGACAAAGAAUAUGUUUUUCUUCAGAUGCAAGAUUUUUGUUUUGGUUUUAAUACUUCUUUCCUCCUCUUCUGGUAGCUAAUCAGUCAUUGUGACUUAAGCCAACAUAGCCUUAUGUAGGUCAGCAGUUCUGCCUUCAGCAGCGCUGUAAACGUGAGAGCCUCUUUGGGGCCCACAGCCUAGAAAGAUAGAGAGGAAGCUGCUUCCAGAUGCAUGCUGUGGGUACCUUGGACUGAAGUCAGCUGUCCCACAGAGAGGUUUCUCUGUAACCCAGAAGUGGUUCUUUUGCCUAUAACAACAGGACCUCAAAGCCACUAACUAAAAUUUUAGGAAAUAAAUAGCAGCAUUGCUCAGUGUACUGAAUUAAACAAAACACAGGCAACCGAGCAAAACAGAACUAUCACAUGAAUAUUUAGAAUGCAUUUCAGCAACACAGAGUUAAUCUUCUUCGUUUCCAAGCUAGUGAUGUUUCUGAGGUUGGAUAUGCCUGCACUUUUUGAACAGAGAUGAAUCGAAGAUGGCCUCCAUUUCCAGUCUUCUGAAACUAAGAUGGAUGAGGGAGGCUCCCUGGGUAAUGCCAACCUAUGCAAGCAAAGUAACCAGAUAGUGGUAGUUGCUAGAAUGGAAAACACUUUCUUAGUUCCCUUUUUGGUGUAGUGUCCUGAAUUUAUUCUUUCACUGUGAGCAUUCUUUUCUGCCCAUUGCACCCUUCUUGUGAAGUGAAUGUAUAUUUACCAUAGGUCUUCAACCUGUCCUCCCUCAAAAAGAAAAGGAAAGAGAUGUACAUGAAGCUAUCUUAUGCAGUAAAAAUGUGAAAUUUGAAUAUUGCUACACAAGUAUUGUACAAAAAAACAAGUCUGUAAACAAAGUUCUAAUGUAAGCAUACAGGGGAAUAAAGACUUUUAUCUGUUUAAAUGGGAGCAUGAUGUUUAGAAAUAUAAAUAACUUAAUAGCCAUUGUUUUUCUGAGUUGAAAAUUCAUUUACAGAAGAAUUUAAUCACAUUGACGGGUGGCAGUAACUACCAGUAUACAAGAAAAGGGUGGAUACAUGUGACAGAUAUGCUGAGGACAUUUUGUUGAGUCAAGGUCAUCCUGGAACACAAAUCCCCUAGGAUUUGAAGUACCUGUCUGUGAGCCUACAUUUCAUCUAAUCAGAUUCAGGGUUGUAAAAUGGAACACAGAGUUACAGCUGCAUGCCUCUCAUUUCAUCAUUAAUAUGCCAGACCAAUUUAAUUAAGCAUUUUAUGUGGGCAAGAACAAUUUUAUACCUGGUGAAAAAUUUUUCCUAUUUUAUUGCUUUGUUGGCCUGAGAGGCAGAGCAUCAUAAGCAGUGCUGCUUGCUCCAUGUCCCUAUUCUCCAGUGGACAGAUGGUCAAACCACAUGUAUCAGUUUAUCAUCUAAGCCUAAAGGUCAUGAAAAUUUUGAAUUCGCUAUACAUUGCUUGAUAACUUCACAAUACUUCCAAGUCCUCAUUUCCAGGAUUUUUAGCAAGAGGGAGGGAAGAAUUUUAUCUUUUAUCUUUGGUACUCCUUAUAACUCAUGGAAAAAACCAAAGUGCUGGUUGUACAUGGUGUAGUUACUGUAUUAAGGAUCCACCAGCUUGGUAUAGUAGUCUUCAGAUUUCUACUCUGCAGAGAGCCUCCUGAUGACCCUCACUGUGUCAGUCAAGUAAAGUAACCCAAGUAAAUCCAUUCCAAGUCACUCAACACUUUGGAUUGCUUUGGAAAUUGAUGGGAAACUAGUGAGGAUAGUUGUCACAUCAUCAGAUACUUUUUGGGCCACCUUUCCCACCCCGUAAGUCUGUAAGUUCUUACUCAAAUCCACAUGAUUUGGAGCUUCACAAUAAAUUAAUAGGGAGCUACUCCUUGAAGAAGUGCCUCAGGGUGCUUCACCUGGCCCUAGCCACUACUUCAAAACAAAGAAGAGAAGUGUUUUUUGACUUCUUAAAUUUGAUGUGCAAACCAAAAAAAAAAAAAAAAAAAAAAAAACAAUUUGAGGAAAUUAUAGCAAAGUGACUUACAUUAGAUCUUGAGAUAGGUCAGUGUUAUACAGACUCUGAGGCCAAGGCUCAAGCUUAAAUCUGCAAAGAACAUUAGUCCAGUUUUACUGAGCUCUGUAAUCACAGAGCAACUUCUCUGUGUGCCAUUGUUGCCAAAGGAGUGAACCAGACAGAGGCUAAAUGGAUGUCAGUCCCUCGUUGCUAAUGGACAGACUGCUUCAAACAUACUUGCCUGUCAGUCCAACAUUAUCUUCAUACACAGGGACUGUUCACCUGGCAUAUCUGUGUUUUCCUUGAGGAACACAUCCACUUAUUCCAGGAGAGACCUUUAAUGCCAGCAAGAAUCAAUGUCUACCUUCUGCAGAGUUAUUUGGGCUCUUCUUCUCUUAACUACCUUGUUCCUUGUGCUACCACUUUCAGAAUUCCUUAAGGCAAUGUGGAUGCCUUGGGAGCCCUCAUAUUCCUCUGCUGUUGCUUUGACCUUCAUCAUUGCAGGCCCGCUGUAAAAGGUGGUUACUUCCUGCUUCAAUCCCACUGCCCCUUUAGAAAGAAUGGAAAGGUUGGGAAAGACGACCUUCUCA